CCGGGAGCCGCCGGAGGAGGAGCGGCGCAGGGGAUGCGGCUGUGGCGGCGGCGGUGGCGGCCGAGCGCGGGGGGCGGCAGUGGCGGCGGCCUGGGGCUCCGGACCGCUAUGGCGCGGCGGCACUGAGGGCACGGGGCGGGCGGCAGCCGGAGGGCGGGCGGCGCGGGAGGAAGCGGCGGCGGUGGCUCAAUGGCCCGGGCGCGCUGAAGAACGCGGCUCUCGCCUCAGCCCGGCGGCGGCGGCCGAACAAUGAAGCUCCUGAAGCCGACCUGGGUCAACCACAAUGGCAAGCCGAUUUUUUCAGUUGAUAUUCACCCUGACGGGACCAAGUUCGCAACUGGAGGACAAGGACAGGAUUCUGGGAAGGUUGUGAUCUGGAAUAUGUCUCCAGUCCUCCAGGAGGAUGACGAGAAGGAUGAAAAUAUUCCCAAGAUGCUUUGCCAGAUGGACAAUCACUUAGCAUGUGUGAACUGUGUGCGGUGGUCAAACAGUGGGAUGUAUUUAGCUUCUGGGGGAGAUGACAAACUGAUUAUGGUGUGGAAGCGGGCUACGUACAUCGGCCCCAGCACUGUGUUUGGCUCCAGUGGUAAGCUUGCCAAUGUGGAGCAGUGGCGAUGUGUCUCCAUCCUCCGGAGUCACUCAGGCGAUGUGAUGGAUGUAGCCUGGUCUCCCCAUGACGCCUGGCUGGCCUCGUGCAGCGUGGAUAACACUGUCGUCAUCUGGAACGCAGUCAAGUUCCCAGAAAUUCUAGCUACUCUAAGAGGUCAUUCCGGCUUGGUAAAGGGGUUGACUUGGGACCCUGUUGGUAAAUACAUUGCCUCUCAGGCUGACGACCGCAGCCUGAAGGUGUGGAGGACUCUGGACUGGCAGUUGGAGACCAGCAUCACCAAGCCUUUUGACGAGUGUGGAGGGACGACCCAUGUGUUGCGCCUCAGCUGGUCACCUGAUGGUCAUUACCUGGUGUCUGCCCACGCCAUGAACAACUCUGGCCCCACUGCGCAAAUCAUUGAACGGGAGGGCUGGAAGACCAACAUGGACUUCGUCGGGCACCGCAAAGCCGUAACCGUUGUGAAAUUCAACCCAAAAAUCUUCAAAAAGAAGCAGAAGAAUGGAAGUUCUGCGAAACCCAGCUGCCCAUAUUGCUGCUGUGCUGUUGGCAGCAAGGAUCGUUCUCUCUCUGUCUGGCUCACAUGUCUGAAAAGGCCUUUGGUUGUCAUCCAUGAGCUGUUUGACAAAUCCAUCAUGGAUAUUUCCUGGACUCUGAACGGGCUGGGCAUCCUGGUGUGCUCCAUGGAUGGCUCUGUGGCGUUCCUAGACUUCUCCCAGGAGGAGCUCGGAGACCCGCUGAGCGAGGAGGAGAAGAGCCGCAUUCACCAAUCCACCUAUGGCAAGAGUUUGGCUAUCAUGACUGAGGCCCAGCUCUCCACAGCUGUCAUCGAGAAUCCUGAGAUGCUCAAGUACCAGCGGAGGCAGCAACAGCAGCAGCUGGACCAGAAGAAUGCCGCGGCCAGAGAGAUGGGACCAGCUGCCUCAGUCGCUGGUGUUGUCAAUGGGGAGAGUCUGGAAGACAUCAGGAAGAAUCUUUUGAAGAAACAAGUUGAGACUCGGACGGCAGACGGUCGGAGAAGAAUCACGCCUCUCUGCAUAGCACAGCUGGACACUGGGGACUUCUCCACGGCGUUUUUUAACAGCAUCCCGCUCUCAGGCUCCCUGGCGGGCACCAUGCUGUCGUCUCACAGCAGUCCGCAGCUACUGCCGCUGGACGCCAGCACCCCCAACUCCUUUGGCACCUCGAAGCCCUCAGAGCCCGUGGCAGCAGCCGGCACCCGGCCUGCGGGUGAUUCUGUCAAUAAGGACAGCGUGAACGCUACCUCGACUCCUGCUGCACUGUCCCCCUCCGUGUUAACAACCCCGUCCAAGAUCGAACCCAUGAAAGCGUUUGACUCCCGGUUCACGGAGCGGUCCAAAGCUACGCCUGGUGCUCCUGCCUUGACCAGUGUGACUCCGGCGGCUGUAGAAAGGUUGAAAGAGCAGAACCUUGUUGUGAAAGAGCUGAGGCCCCGGGACCUCUUGGAGAGCAGCAGUGACAGUGAUGAGAAGGUCCCUGUGGCCAAGCCCUCCUCACUAUCCAAGCGAAAACUGGACCUCGAGGUGGAGACAGUGGAAAAGAAGAAGAAAGGGAGACCUCGGAAGGACUCUCGGCUCAUGCCAAUGUCUCUGUCUGUCCAGUCCCCAGCUGCCCUGACCACAGAGAAGGACACCGUGUGUUUGUCUGUACCAGCACCUGCACUGAAGCUGCCCAUGCCUGGCCCCCAGAGAGCAUUCACCCUCCAGGUGAGCUCCGACCCCUCCAUGUACAUUGAGGUGGAGAAUGAAGUGACAGCUGUGGGAGGAGUGAAGCUGAGCCGCUUGAAGUGUAACCGGGAAGGGAAGGAGUGGGAGACGGUGCUCACCAGCCGGAUCCUCACUGCCGCUGGUAGCUGUGACGUGGUGUGUGUCGCCUGUGAAAAGAGGAUGCUGUCAGUGUUCUCCACCUGUGGUCGCCGCCUCCUCCCUCCCAUCCUCCUGCCAUCCCCAAUCUCCACGUUGCACUGCACGGGCUCCUAUGUCAUGGCACUCACUGCUGCAGCCACACUGUCUGUCUGGGAUGUUCACAGACAGGUGGUUGUGGUAAAAGAAGAGUCUCUACACUCCAUCCUGGCAGGAAGUGAUAUGACAGUGUCACAGAUCUUGUUGACACAGCACGGAAUCCCAGUGAUGAACCUGUCCGAUGGGAAGGCAUAUUGCUUUAAUCCAUCACUUUCUACAUGGAACCUGGUUUCUGACAAGCAGGACUCCCUGGCCCAGUGUGCGGACUUCAGGAGCAGCCUGCCUCCCCAGGAUGCCAUGCUGUGCUCGGGACCCUUAGCCAUAGUCCAGGGCCGUGCCUCCACUUCCGGGAGGCAGGCAGCCCGGCUCUUCUCCGUGCCCCACGUGGUGCAGCAGGAAACCACCCUGGCCUACCUGGAAAGCCAGGUCGCAGCAGCACUCACCCUGCAGUCCAGCCAUGAGUACCGCCAUUGGCUCCUCCUCUACGCACGGUACCUCGUGAACGAAGGGUUUGAAUACCGACUCCGAGAAAUAUGCAAGGACUUACUGGGUCCGGUUCACUACUCCACUGGAAGCCAGUGGGAGUCAACGGUAGUGGGUCUGCGGAAGCGGGAGCUGCUCAAGGAGUUGCUGCCAGUCAUCGGGCAGAACCUCCGCUUCCAGCGCCUCUUCACCGAGUGUCAGGAACAGCUCGACAUCCUAAGGGACAAGUAGCCUACUCUUACCUGCCCCACCUACAGCAUGGGCAGGGCCACACUCACGCCGCUGAGGACACGCAGGGCCACCUCUCACCUCGUCGGGCUACAGGAAGACGAGGAGACACUGGCAGGAGGUGGGCUGUCCUAUACCAGCGCCAGCCCAGCCCCCUGGGUAGACAUCCCCUGUGUCCUGGGCCUGUUGCUGCUCCCUUGGAAGGGGGCCGCUCUGCCCACAACUCGUCCCUCUCUCCAGGACCCCUGUGUGGAGCAGGGGCUAGGUGUCUACCCUGCUGCCCUGGGCUCAGUGAGGCACUCCCAGGCCUGCCGUCUCCAGCACGGUCCCAAGGUGGACACUAGCCCCUGCCACUGCAGGCGCCGUGCUGCUUCAGCUAUGACGAAUGAGCCAUUUGUGAAAGAGAGGACCCUGAAAUGUUAGUGUAUUAUGCAGUCAGUAGACUGAACCGAGACGUAUGUAAAAGGAAAAGCUAUUCCAACACACGGACUAUUUUUGUACUAGAAUUUGCUAACUUGUAAUAUGGAAUUUUCCUUUUGGCCAAUAAUCAGGAUUUCCCUAUAAGUCACUUGGACAUUGGUUACUUGUAGGAAAUUUAAACUCUAAUUAUGACAGCUACAUUGAAAAAUAAUUGUACUGAAAUUAACUUGUCUAUCUUCAUUUGGUUUUAAUUUUUAAAUGUUUGUAAAAAGAGACUGUUUUUUGGGGGAUGGGGAGAGGGUGGGCGAUUUCUUUUGUAAGUGUAAAAUAAAUGAAAACGCAUUGGAUACCAAA